AUGGCUGAAAUCAAAAGUGAAUAUGAUUAUAUCAUCUGCGGAGGCGGCACAGCUGGCUGCGUGAUUGCCGCUCGCCUGGCCGAAAACCCCCAGGUCAAGAUCCUUCUUCUUGAAGCUGGGCAGCACAAUAAAGAUCUUGAAAAUGUUCACAUGGCUGGCGGGUGGUCGAUGAACUUUGAUACGGACUCGGACUGGAAUAUCAUCACGCCACCUAUGCCUGGGGUGGAGAACCGACAGGUGAAAUUGAGUCGUGGCCGGUUCUUGGGAGGGUCUAGUGGCUGUAACGGGACUCUAUGCCUUCGCGGUUCCAAGCAGGACUACGAUGACUGGGGGAUGGAAGGUUGGAGUGGAGAAGAUCUUUUCAAGUACAUGCGAAAGGCAGAGACUUUCCACUCGAAACCUUGGUUUCAAGCGGAUGAGAAAAGCCAUGGCUCUUCAGGCCCUCUCCAUAUCGAGCCGCAUGAUCUUGCGCCGAUCUCGAACUUGAUAAUGGACUCAUUUGUCUCUCAGGGCUUGCCGCUGAAUCAUGAUAUGUUCAGCACGGGCGACGUUCCUCAUGGAUGUGGCCACGUGCCUCGAACUGUGUACAAGGGCCUGCGAACGACCGCCGCAGAUUUCGUGACAAACCAGAAUCAUCGUGAGAAUAUCACGAUCAAAACAGACACGACUGUUGACAAGAUCACGUUUACCGAGGAGCGCGGUCAGCUCCGUGCUUCUGGCGUUGUCACAAAGACAUCGGAUGGUGUUUCGAGUGUUUUCUUUGCUCGUAUGGAGAUUAUUAUCUCUGGUGGCACAUAUUGCAGUCCUACUAUCCUGCUUCGUUCUGGAAUUGGACCCAAGUCCGAGCUGGAGAAUCAUUCAAUUCCAUGCAUUGUUGAUUUACCUGGCGUUGGAAAAAACCUCAUGGAUCAUCUGAUUGUUUUCAUGUUCUAUGAAACCGAGAAAUCCGGUCUCACAAAUGACCUUCACGUCUACCACGACAGCAACUUCGAAAAGACAUAUCAGUUGUACAAGGAGAAGAAGACGGGCUUCUUGUCCUCAAUGCCAUUCGGUGUAUUUGCCUUUGCCAGGCUAGACGAGCGUCUCAAAGAUGACCCACUCUGGCAAAACGCACCGCGCUUGCAAGGCCGUGACCCGAUGGGCCUGACUCCGAAGCAGCCUAAUAUCGAGUUCUUCACUACAGAAUGCUACGGUGGCCCAAAGCAGUAUGAUCAAGUCCCAAAAAGCAACCAGCAUGCUUUCGCUAUGAUUGCAGAGCUUUUUGCACCAAGGUCGCGUGGCUCGGUGACUUUGAGAUCGAAGGAUCCUAUGGAGAACCCCAUUGUGGACUGUAACUACCUGGAUGAUCCUUUGGACCUGUUGGUAUUGAGCGAAGCAUGUCGGUUUGGAAAUGAGAUUGUGAUGAAUGGAUCUGGGACUAAGGAUAUUGUCAAGGGGUCUUGGCCCUCGGGCUUGAAUUAUCAUACUUAUAAAACACGGAAAGAGUGGAUUCCUUAUGUGAAAGAGCAUGCUACGACUUGUUACCAUGCUGCAGGUACUUGCGUUAUGGGAAAGAAUGGUGAUAAAAAUGCUGUACUUGACGAGAAGCUGCGAGUGAGAGGUGUUUCUGGGCUGCGAGUGGCAGAUUGUAGUGUCAUGCCCACAUUGAAUAGUGGCCACACGCAGAUGCCGGCGUAUGGAAUUGGUGAAAAAUGUGCGGAUCUUAUCAAGGAAACCUGGCAGGAGGAGAGGAUUUUGUAUUCCCGCCUUUGA